UCCAAGAAUAAAAAGUAUAAAUAAGUUAAGUAGGGUGAGAGAUAUGGUACUACUGAGCUGCGCAUGCAUGUAAACCCUUUGGAGCAGGUACUUUUGCCCUAGCUAACUAACUGGUUAAGUUCAAUCACCAGUUUCCUUAAUUCAAAAGAUUAAUUUCGUGAAAGUUUUUCAGAGAAGGAUGGAUCAAGAAUCAUUUCCUAUGGCUGGAGGAGACGACCAAUACAGCUACAGUAAAAAUUCCGGUGCACAGGGGAAGGCAGCCGAUACUGUCAAGGGAAUGCUGAUUGAUGCCAUACUUGAAAACCUACACAUUGGAAAUCAUCUGUCACAAGGAAAUGUUGUUUCAAACUCAUCAUUUUCCAUUGCUGAUCUAGGUUGUUCUGUUGGCCCCAACACAUUCAUCGCGAUCGACAAUAUUAUGGAGACUGUGACACAAAAAAUCAAGAACGAAGGCCAAUCUUCUUCGCUCCCGGAAUUCCAUGUCUUCUUCAACGACCAUGUUUCAAACGAUUUCAACACUCUCUUCGUCAACCUUCCCCCGAAUAGGCAAUACUUCGCAGUUGGAGUUCCCGGAUCAUUUUAUGGAAGAUUGUUCCCCAAGGCAUCCCUUAAUUUUGUUUACUCUGCGUACUCCGUCAUUUGGCUUUCUAAGGUACCUGAAGGCAUAGCCGACUUGAAUUCACCUAUAUUAAACAAGGGAAGGAUGUACUAUUCGAAUGCGCCUAUUGAAGUUGGUCACGCAUAUUCAGUUCAGUAUGCAAAAGACAUGAAGUGUUUUCUGGAUGCUCGAGCGGAAGAGCUCGCUCCUAGAGGCUUACUGGUGCUUCUUGUUACCGGUCGUCCGGAUGGGACGCUUCCAAGGGAAUGUUCUUGUGGCCCGCUUUACGAACGAGUUGAAUCUUGCCUUAUAGAUAUGGUAAAUGAGGGGUUAAUAAGCCAAGACAAACUGGACACUUUCAACCAUCCAACGUACAGCCCAUCAAUGGAGGAGCUGAGUGAGCUAGUACACGAAAACGGGUGUUUUGAGAUUGCAAGACUGGAAAAGCAACCUCGGGUGUCCCCCUCUUAUAGUACAACAGGAGAGGUUAGAGCCGGCAUGGGAAGCCUUCUCACAAACCACUUUGGCUCUGAAAUUUUAGAUUCGCUUUUCGAUCGGUACUCAAAAAAAAUCGAAGCACAACCGCGUCCGGUCCUCACUGCUGGUGUUGAUGAUAUGGCUUACACAUUAUUUGUCGUUCUCAAGCGAAAACAUUGAGAAAAUAAAGAUACGUUGUCCAUAUUCAGUUGAUCUGUUAUAUGUUCUGUUCUUAGUUGUUGCUCUAUUGCUUUCGUUGUAACUUGUAAGGAAUAAAAGUUGGUGGUGGAUUUGUUAAUUUCUCUUCCACGUUGAAGGUUGGAUUAUGAAAACUAGUUAUUGAGAUUGUUAUAUAAUUGAAAAAUCUGAAGGCAAUGGUGUUGUGAUUGGCUCA